UUACCGCUGCACGUUGAUGAGAGGGGACGGCCCUCAGUGCACACCAACACUGCUGCUCUUGUUUCGCGAUAUAUUUACCAGUUGAGCUUCAGUGCUAUCCUCAGUGUCGUCAUUUCGGUUGCCGCAUGUUUGGGACGGGAACUGUGUGUCAAUUCGCAGAGGGGGGGGGGUAAGAACACUCUAUUUGCUUGGGAGAGAAUUGCGCUUGGUUCAUUGGUGGUUGAGUCACAUCCUUAGUUUUGGGUUGGACCCUUGUAGCGUGACAUGUUCACGUUUGAACAAUUCUAUCCAAGCCUUCCACUUUCGGAACAAAAUUGAUGGCCUUGCUCUGCGAUUUUUUUUUUUUUUUUUUUUUUUUCAAUUGUCUCUAGUUUUUUGAUUGGAUUACGACGACAUUUGGAAUCAAGGUGAAUGUCCUUUGAAUUGGACUUACAAGCUGCGGUCAAGAGAUUCAGGACAGCAGUGUAGAUUGGAUUCGUUACAGGAUCGGGUGCAAUUACAAAAAUGCAAGGAGCAGGGUCGAUGGAGUUUUGGACCUUCUGGGCAGCGAUGCUGGGAGUGUUAGGAUUCUUCCGCAAUAUACUCUCGAAAGAGUAUGGAAAUACAUUUGACUCUUGGUUACAUCGUGCUCUAACAUACUUCUCGCCUUACGCCUUCGUCGACAUUCCGGAGUUCGAGGGCGCAGGUGGUAAUGAAAUUUAUGAAUUUGUACAGUCCUACUUGAGCUCCUCAACUGCUUCAGAUGCUCAGCACGUAAACUUGUGCCGCCCGAAAAACGCUUCUCAGAAUACCUUCUCACCCGCACCUCUCGAAACUGUUGAAGAUACUUUUACGGGCACGAAAGUGUGGUGGAAGCGCUCUGUCUACAUUCGCCAGAGCACAGGCAUUCAAUUCUCCGACGUUCCGAACGAUGAGAAGCGCAAGUACACCCUCAAGAUUCGUAAGAAAGACAGGGACCGCUUGCUCGAGCCGUAUGUACAGCAUGUAGUGGACGCCGCCAAGUCGAUCAAGGAGCGUUCUCGAGAUCGCCUUCUCUACACCAACAUCAAGGGCAGUAACUAUUUCAGGAAGAAAUCGUGGGAAGCAGUACCAUUCAAGCAUCCCUCAACAUUUGACACGCUCGCCAUGGACCCAGAGUUGAAGGAGGACAUCAAGAAUGACCUUCUGGAGUUUACACAGGGAAAAGAAUUCUACCAGCGAGCAGGGAAGCCAUGGAAGAGAGGUUACCUCUUGUACGGGCCACCCGGAACCGGAAAAUCCAGCAUGAUAGCAGCCAUAGCUAAUUUUUUGCAGUAUGAUAUUUAUGACAUGGAAUUGACAGAAGUCACCUCGAAUUCUGAACUUCGACAGCUGUUGAUUCAAACAACCAACCGCUCGGUUGUGGUCAUCGAGGACAUAGAUUGUUCGGCAGAUCUUGCAGAGCGAGCUAAGGCCCGCAAGGAGAGUGAUAAAAAGAAUCCCGAGACAGGAUUAGGCCGAGGCAGAUCUGAUCAAGAUGAGGGAAGCCGAGUGACGUUGUCAGGACUGCUAAACUUCACGGACGGGCUCUGGUCAUGCUGCGGGAGCGAGCGCAUCAUCAUCUUCACGACGAAUCACGUUGAGAAGCUAGACAAGGCGUUGCUGCGUGCGGGCAGGAUGGACAGACACAUUCUCAUGUCGUGGUGCGAGUACCCGGCAUUCCGCACCCUGGCGGCCAACAACCUGGGGCUGGAGUGGCACGAUCUUUUUCCGGAGAUAGAGAACGCGAUCGCAGGCAAGGCCAUCUCACCAGCAGACGUGAGCGAGCUCCUGCUGAAGAAGAAGCGCAAUCCCACGGCUGCAUUGGAGGGUCUUCUGGAGGUGCUGGGCAAAGCCCCCUUAAGUGAGGAGAAACCAGUCAUGAAGAUCGACCUCGAUGAGCUCCAGCUGACUGAAGCCAUAGCCAUCGACGACGAUGCAGCAGAUGAACCCACCUCUUCUGCUGAUUCUAGUGCUGUCGAGUCCCGGAUCGAACCAUCUCAUGCAAAUGGUGAGCCUAAAACUGACGGAGGAACCGAAAACUGAGUCAUAACGCCGACUCACUCUCGCAUUGACAAAGAACAGUCUGAGAUUAGUGAUUUACGCCAAUGCCUUGAGAAAAAGUUUAGUUUAUUGAUUUUUUCUAUUUAAAUCAUGUCGAACACGAUUUGUGAAUCUUGGCCAUUGCACAGUUUGGUAUUAACCAGGAUUCACUGUCAAAAACCAUGAAGUUGGAACCUUACUAUAGUAGAAAGUUUGAAUUAAAUAAAUUUAAAUUCUAUUAGGUGUCUAGAUGUAACUCAUUUUUUUAGUUAUUGAGGUGAAACAUUCACAAUGUAUUUAUUUAUUUUA